UGGUGGUGGUGGAGUUUUUACAGAAAAACAAGUUUCUUUUCUAGUAACAGAUGAUCUGCUCAUGGCUCCCAAUGUGCCUGGAUCCGUCAUACAAACCCUCGUAAAUCUUGGCAUUACAAUCUCAAAAGGGGCCGAGCUAAGGACCGUGACUGUGGGGUUCAAUGAGAUUAUGGAAUUGCUCAAGGGAUCUCUACUCUCUAAGACUCCACUGACAGACCUUAUUCUCCAUCAAACAAAUGAAAUGGCAAGUGUAAGGGGGAACGAUUUACAUCAUCGGAUAAAGCAAGGGUCCAAAUCGAAUUCCAAGAGGAUGAUUGUGAAAGCCGUUGUACAAAUAUCAACCAAUGAGUUUUUGUUUUAUAAAGCCGGAACAGAUUUUAUCGACUUCCUGUUUAGUUUGCUCACCAUCCCUUUGGGAGCAGUUGAGUAUCUUUUGGACGGCAACACAUCACUUAGGAACAUCGACAAUUUGUACAGAAGCAUAACUGAACUGAUAGACGAGAAAUAUAUGACAAGUCAAUGUACAAGAAAUAGGCUGAUCAAACCGGAGCUUCCUCCCAAAUAUCUCUCCAAAUAUCAGAUCUUCCCUCUCACCGAACAAACCACGCCUAGUAUAUAUUACUUUGAAAGUCAUACGGUUACAGGUUCGUCGAACACAUGUGUAGAAAAAGGUUAUUGGAUGUGCGUUAAGGACCCCAAAGGUGAGGGAUGCUAUAUUAAGGUACAAAAUCAAAUGUACAUAGUAUUACCUCAUUUAAUGGUGAUAGAUUGUAUUAGCUCGUCUAUCGGGCCCAUUCUCGAGCAGCUGAAAAUCCCUUCAUGUGAUGUCAAAGAACUUGAGAUCGAGAUUGGUUUGGAAGAGGCUUUGAGCAUAUUGAAAGCUUCUCUUGUGUCGGAUUCCGCUUUAGUAGAUGUUCUUAUCCCUCAAGUAUUAAAGGAACCUGGUGAAGGAAAGAAGUGAUGCGCAGAGAACUCCACACACACCUCAAGUAAUCCAGGAGGAAGACAUUGACUGAUUUUGAAGAAGUUUUGGGUGAAAAAUGGGAACUGUUUGCCAAUUUUUUUGAACUCUGUCCCUGCUUUUUGAAAUGUAUUUUGUCUCAAAGAUUUCAACCUCCUAAAUGUAUUUUGAAGUUUUGGGUGAAAAAUGGGAACGGUUUUUAAAACU